CGGGCCGCGGCCCCCGCCCCCCUCCCCGGUUCAUCGCGGCGGCCUGAGGUGGGGGGGGGGCGAGCGGGGCCCGCCGCCACUGACGAGUUUCAAAUGCCGCAUUUUUUACGAGGUGCUAUUUAGUGCCGCGAGGCAUCAAAGCGAAUGAAGGCGUUUAAUUCGGAGAGCUGAAGGCGACGAGGCAGGAGUUUGUAACCACCCCUCCUUUUGGGACUCUCUUUCCAGAACCUGAAAAGACCGACACCAGCGGCUGCGCCCGGGCUCCGUGACAAGAAGCUGCUUUUCGGGGGAAGGAGCUGUAGUGCUCCGCCGGCCUGUCAGCAAAUUUCUGACAACUCCAGACCCCGUUUGCCCUCACAGCUGGGAUUUUGCCAUCCCAACCCGUCUAUCUGCCGCUCUCCGCCUUGGUACCGGGCGGGUGUGAAUUCCAGCUGCUCCGGGGCGAGGACUCUCUUUUUUUCCCCCCCUCCCGCGUAGCUGGAAAUUAGAGCAAACACGCUGAGAUGUCUAAAAAGCAACAUACAAAAGAUCCGUCUGGGUUCAUUUUUGAUGUGCAGUCCAACACUGUGAUGGCCCAAGGAGGAACCUUUGAAAACAUGAAGGAAAAGAUCAGCGCGGUGCGUGCAAUAGUCCCCAACAGGAGCAACAAUGAGAUCGUCCUCGUGCUGCAGCAUUUUGACAAUUGCGUGGACAAAACAGUGCAAGCCUUUAUGGAAGGCAAUGCCAGUGAAGUACUGAAAGAAUGGACUGUAACAGGCAAAAAAAAGAACAAGAAGAAGAAAACCAAACCGAAACCGCAAGCUGAAUCGAGCCCUGGCCUCCCAGACCCCGGUAAAUUGGUGUCCACUGAAGAGGAGCAAUCGGCAAACUCGGAGAAGGGUGGAAUUAACGGUUUCCAUGUCAACGGCUGUGCCCACGACACGGAGUCUGUGGACUCGCUCAGCGAAGGUUUGGAUGCGCUUUCAAUUGAUGCCCGAGAGCUGGAGGAUUGCGAGGCCGCUGCCCCAGACAUGCCUGAGAGAACAGCAGUGCCUGAACUAGCGAACGGAAUAGCAGACUUUGACACAAAAUCGCUCAUCCUGCAUCCUUCCCAGAGCCCUUCGUCUCUCAGACAGCGGCCUGAGCAGAGGAGCGCCAGCAGGUCUCUGUCCAGAUCGACAGCUGGCAACGCAGCUCCGGCCUCUCUGUCCGCACCGCGGCUGGAAGAUGUUCCCGUUUCACCUGCAAACAAGAAGCUGGGUUCUAAUAUUGAAAAAUCAGUGAAGGAUCUCCAGCGCUGCACCGUUUCACUGGCUCGGUACCGCGUUGUGGUGAAGGAGGAAAUGGAUGCUUCCAUUAAGAAGAUGAAGCAGGUCUUUGCUGAGCUGCAGAGUAGCCUUAUGGAUCGCGAGGUGGCGUUGCUGGCUGAGAUGGACAAAGUGAAAGCAGAAGCAAUGGAAAUUCUGGUCAGCCGCCAGAAGAAGGCAGAAGCCCUGAAGAAGAUGACCGAUGUGGCCGUGCGGAUGUCGGAGGAGCAGCUGGUGGAGCUCAGAGCCGACAUAAAGCACUUUGUGAGCGAGCGGAAGUACGACGAGGACCUGGGCAGGGUGGCACGCUUCACCUGUGACCUCGACGCGCUGAAGAAGAGCAUCGCCUCCUUUGGCCAAGUUUCCCAUCCAAAGAACAGCUACUCCACCCGCUCGCGCUGCAGCUCCGUCACCGCCGUGUCCCUGAGCGAGACCUCUGCUCCCUCCGCCCCCGCCUGUGCCUCUGCCUCUGCCGCCAGCCUCACCACGGCCAGCAAGAAGCCCUCGUCCCCAGCGGAUGCAGCCGUGGGGAAUGCAGGUGGCCGCCCUUCCCAGCCUUCCCGAGAGGCUUCCCAGGGGAACAGGAGACCGGGAGCGGGGCCCAGGUCCCAGGGCCAGCGCCACAUCGGCCCCCCGGCCCCCGGCCGCUCCAACAACGGCAACCGACAGCGGAAUGGGCCGGGCCAGGCCCACGGCAGGCGACAAACCCCCCCUCCAGCAACCUCCGCCGGCAACCCCGGCCAGACGCAGCCCCCGGGCACUGGGGGGGCCUCAGCGCGGCACGGCCCCCCCUCCACCGGCACAGAGACCAAGGGGCUCCCGCAGCGGAAGCCCCGGAGCAGCCGUCAGGAGGGAGCCAACUCCUGAGAGCCCCGGGCUCUGCCGCCAGCCCCGCGGCGCAACCAGACUGGAGGAAGCUCCUAGCUAGGAUACUAACGAAGGAAAGUUUACACUUCUCUUGUUAUUUUUCUUUUUUUUUUUUUGUGCCAUUUUUUUUUUCUUUCUUUCUUUCCUUCCUUCCCCCCCCCCGCCCCACCUCCUCAUCUGCUUUGUGUUCUCAGCCUGCGCUGCGCCCUCUGCGCGGGUCCGGGCCCCCCCGCCCCUGCCCCGCUCCCCUCUCUCUCCCUUUUCCCCUCCAGAAAUCAGCCUUCUCUGCGAAAUCGCUGGCCAAAACCCAGCCCCAAAAGUGUCUUUUCUUCUCCCCCCCGCCCCUACCCCGGCCUCGGAGGAAGGGCCUCCGACAGCCCGUCCCCUCGUGCUGGCAGCGAGGAUGAUGAGGGCUGGGACACGGGGCCUGGGGAGAGCCGGAGGGGGGGUGUUGGGGGGAUGUCCCCUCCCCUGGGGACAGGCAGGAAUCUGGACCCCUCCUCUCCGGGGACCUGCGCACUUCGUCCGCACACUUUGCUGUUCUCUGGUUUUCGUGUUGGGGACCUCUUUUUAUUUUAUUCACUUCCCCGGCUUGCCCUGCCUUCUCCCCACCCCCCACCACUUCUCCAGCCUUUCUUUGUCCCUAAAUUAAAUUUAUAGCAAUAUCAAUUAGCAGAGCUAAUCCUAGGUGAUACGGGGUGGAGAUUGCAACGGUCCUUCUUUAGAGCUGUAUGAAUAAAGACGAUGUUCAUGGUG